AAAAUGAUAUGGAGCCAAAGUACAAGGGGGAAAAGUGGAAUUUAUCCAUUAAAAUAUUACCAAUAUUCCAAUUAAUCAAAAAGCGUGAAUAAGGUUCAUUUCUGAAUAGUCGUUAUUCUUUUCCCAGCGACUUCCUAACCAAUCGGCCAAACGAUCUUUCGCCAGUUCUGAUAUUUCUCGAAUCUCCGAACUAAUACGAAAAUGGCGACUGAGCAGAACACUGUGCAAGUAUUCUGCAUUGGAACUGCUGAUACAAAGCUGCAAGAGCUUCGAUUCCUCGCCCACUCAAUUCGUUCCAAUCUCCAACUCUUUUCCCCAAAUUCUUCCUCAAAGUUGCUAGUGACAGUGGUGGAUGUAUCUGCAAGUCAGAAAAAUGUCGAGGGUUGUGACGAUUUCAAAUUCGUGUCGAAAAAAGAUGUUCUCUCUAGUUGUUCUGUAUCCGGGGAACAAAUUGAUACCUUUCUUCCAGAUGACAGAGGCAAAGCAAUUUCAGCCAUGAACAAGGCGCUUCGAUUUUUUCUGAAUAAAUCCCACGGUGAUGGUGUUCUUGCUGGAGUUAUAGGAUUGGGCGGUAGUGGCGGGACAUCUUUAAUUUCAUCUGCAUUUAGAUCCCUCCCCAUUGGAAUUCCAAAGUUAAUUGUGUCAACUGUGGCAAGUGGCCAAACUGAACCUUAUGUUGGAACAUCUGAUUUGGUGUUGUUUCCUUCGGUUGUCGAUAUUUGUGGAAUUAAUAGUGUGAGUAGAGUUGUAUUGUCGAAUGCUGCUGCUGCUUUUGCUGGAAUGGUGAUUGGGCAUCUAGAAACUUCUAGAACUUCUGCUAGUAGUGGUGGUCCUGCUUGUGAGAAGGGUACAGUUGGUAUAACUAUGUUUGGGGUUACUACUACGUGUGUCGAUGCUGUUAAAGAUAGAUUGGCUCGAGAAGGGUACGAGACUUUGGUUUUUCAUGCUACCGGAGUUGGAGGGAGGGCUAUGGAGGAUCUUGUUAGAGGAGGAUUUAUACAGGGUGUUUUGGAUAUUACAACAACUGAGGUGGCAGAUUACAUAGUUGGAGGAGUCAUGGCAUGCGAGAGUUCCCGUUUUGAGGCAAUGUUAGAGAAGAAGGUACCUUUAGUUCUUAGUAUCGGAGCAUUGGAUAUGGUCAAUUUUGGACCCAAAAACACCAUACCACCGAAAUUUCAGCAAAGAAAGAUUUACGAACACAAUGAACAGGUUACACUAAUGCGCACAACUGUGGAUGAGAGUCAGAAAUUUGCUGCAUUUAUUGCGGACAAGUUGAACAAGUCAUCAUCUAAGGUUUGUGUAUGCCUGCCAAAGUCUGGAGUGUCUGCUUUGGAUGCACCAGGCAAGCCCUUUUAUGAUCCUGAAGCUACUGGUUCUCUUAUAGAAGAAAUACAGAGGCUAAUCGAAACCAAUGAAAAUCGACAGGUUAAAGUUUCCCCACAUCAUAUUAAUGACCUGGAGUUUGCGAAUGCACUAGUGGAUUCAUUCUUGGAGAUCAGUACGAACUUUGAGGGUGAUAGUAGUCAAGCUGUCUGUGAAUCUGCCCAGGAAACUCGAAACAAAAUUUCAGCCCCUCAGCCAAGUUCUCAGAACAUUACACCUGUUCAAUAUAGCCUGAGCAGCUUCCCUGAUGCAAACCCAGAAACACUGAAACGAACAAGGGAAAUACUGCAGCAAUUGAAGCAUCAAAUACACGAGGGCAAACCCAUUAUUGGUGCUGGUGCUGGGACAGGCAUAUCAGCCAAGUUUGAGGAAGUUGGCGGAGUGGAUCUGAUUGUCUUGUACAACUCGGGUCGUUUUAGGAUGGCAGGAAGAGGGUCCUUGGCAGGAUUACUGCCAUUCGCUGAUGCAAACGCAGUCGUACUUGAAAUGGCCAACGAAGUGUUGCCUGUUGUGGAAAAAGUUCCAGUUCUUGCUGGAGUUUGUGGAACUGACCCAUUUCGAAGGAUGGAUUUCUUCCUAAAGCAAUUGGAGUCGAUUGGAUUCUGUGGGGUGCAGAACUUUCCAACUGUUGGGCUAUUCGACGGUAAUUUUCGACAAAAUCUAGAAGAAACAGGAAUGGGAUAUAGUUUGGAGGUUGAGAUGAUUGCGAAAGCUCAUAAAAUGGGCUUCUUAACAACACCAUAUGCUUUCAACCAAGAAGAAGCAAUAGCAAUGGCAGAAGCCGGUGCUGACAUCAUCGUAGCACACAUGGGGCUCACCACAUCGGGUUCGAUUGGUGCAAAAACAGCUGUCUCGAUUGAACAAAGCGUUGUCCUUGUACAAGCUAUUGCAGAUGCUGCUCAUAGCAUCAAUCCCGAUGCAAUCGUUCUUUGCCACGGAGGUCCUAUAUCUGAACCGAAAGAAGCAGAAUAUGUGUUGAAGAGAACAAAAGGAGUUCAUGGAUUCUACGGCGCAUCCAGUUUGGAGAGGCUGCCUGUUGAACAAGCAAUAACUACUAGAGUGCAACAGUACAAAUCUAUAUCUCUCACUUAAUAAACUCUAUUGUCUCUAUAAUGUAUCAUCUUUUCAGUUUGUUUUAUUACCAAAUUCCCCAAAAUAAAGAAAUUAAAGUAAAUUUCUCUUUGGCUAUGAGCUAUGAUUGUGAAAAAUAAUAUAUUGAUUUUUGUAUUUUGCAC